AUGAAUUUAUCAUCCGCAGUACCUGAUUUAUUAACACCCUUAGUCGAAGAAACUGAAUCCUCUCUGAUUCGAACUUUAAAUUCAGAAAUCAUUUCGGAUACAGUUAGUGGACAUCUGUUGAAUUCUUCUAAUGUUGAUUAUCAUGGUGAUAAAAUUGGUUUAGUUUCUCUUCCUUAUCAAAGAACAAAGAUUGUAACUAAAAGAGGUACAAACUUUACUAUUAUGCUUGCCGGUAGAUCUGGGUUAGGUAAAACUUCAUUUCUUAAUAGUUUGUUAGCUACAGAUAUAUUGGAUACAACUUCACAAACAUCAGAAAGAUUACAAGUUAAACAUUUAGAGAUAACUGAAAAUAAUUUCCCACUUAAAUUAACAGUAGUUGAAACUUCAGGAUUUGGAAAUUAUAUCGAUAAUAGUUUAAGUUGGAUUCCACUUUGUAACUUUAUUGAUGAACAAUUUAGAUCAUAUUUAUUUCAAAUGGAACAACCUUCAAGAAAGGAAGUUGUAGAUUCAAGAGUUCAUUGUUGUUUAUAUUUCAUUCCACCUAAAGCUGGACCUUUAACUCCCUUGGAUAUUGAAUCGAUGAAAGAAUUAUCUAAAAGAGUUAAUUUAAUUCCAAUUAUUGCUAAAGGUGAUACUAUGAGUGUACAAGAAUUAAACGAAUUAAAAGUAAUAGUUAAGGAUACUUUACUCUUCAAUCAAAUUAAAGUAUGUAACUUAAUCCAGGAUGUGGAAUUUGAGGAAGAUGUAAAAGAAAGAAUUCCUUUUUCAAUUAUAUCAUCAACCAACCCAAUUAUUAGAUCAGAUGGUAACUUCACUAGAGGAAGAAUAUAUCCUUGGGGGAUUGUUGAUAUUGAAAAUUCUCAACAUUGUGAUUUUAUUUAUUUGAGAGAAAUACUUAUGGAUAAACAUAUGCUAAAUCUUAUAUUAUCGACUGAGCAACAUUAUGAAAACUAUAGAAUUGAAUGUUUACUGUCUAGAUUUAAAGAUGCUAAGGAAUCUUUUAACAUAGUUGAAGAUCCUAAGGAUGGUAUUCAAGAAUAUAUUGGUUAUAAUAAGAUUUCAUUAAUUUCCUUAGAAUUAAAGUUAAAAAAAGAUGAUGUUUCCCUUCGUUAUAAGGAACUGGUAUUAACAACUAAAAUGCAUCAAAGUAUUCUCGACCAGGAAUCAUACUUCAAAGAAUGGAAAACCUUGUUAGUUGAAGAACAAAAGAGUUUAAAUAAUGAUAUUCAAGUGACUCAUGAAAGAUAUUCUAGAUUAAAGGAAGAAGUUGAAUCAUUGCUGGCUAAACCAUUGACUUCAAUUGAAAACAACGAAUUUGCUACUGUCACAAAUAAAUCUAAAGAGUUGAAUUUACUUGAAGAUAUUGAGUGA